UCAAGUUGUCACAUUUUUCGAGGUUCGUCGUUUCAUUAGUCGUCAUAAACAAACCAACUAAUUCUAGUGAGUGCUUAGAGUUCAACGUUCGGAAGCUGUACCACACCGCCGCCGCGAACAGCUGCAUCCUCUCUCUCGCGUGAUCUGUCGCUUGAUCAGUCUGUUGAUCUCCGUGUGGCUGUGCAACGACCGCGUGCGCAGAUCGCUCGAUGUUCCCGGAAUUGAGCAAUUGAAACAAAUCAGAAUACUACAGUGGUACUGAAAGUUUCGUCACAACGACAUUCGCACUCGGGCAGUGUGACGAAAGGUCAAUUUUGCUGGUUGAAUUGGUUCAACGCGGACUCUGUUAUCAUCGGACAAUACACACACAACGCGCCACUCUCGGGCCAGAACAAUACGGAACGAACGAUUUUGAUAGAGCGCGACGACGUGACCUGGUGGUGUUGGUAGUGUGUGGUGGCCGGGUCUCUCGUCAAUUGGACCUGGUUAGCAAAAGUGUGCCGAAGUCGUAGUCUCGGUUGUGUCGUAUCGCCCGGUGGCGAACCUGCCUAGUUAUGUUUACUUUAUGAACGAAUUUCGUAAUUAACGUUCUUAUCGCGCGCGCGCUCGCGGCCUUAAAAAGGUUCCACCGUCGACGCCGUCGAAGUCUGUGUAAUCAUCAUCGCCGCCGCCAAGUUUGCUCCAGCAGAACACGUGUGUCACCCCAGGGAUUGACCCUGCAGAAGGAAGUCCCCGGUCGGUCACAGGCGACGAAACCUCUGCGCUGCUGCUGCUGCUGGUGAAAAGAAUAAAUUAGAAUUUCAAUUUGCGCGUCGUCUCCGAUUUUUCAACCCUGAACCGCGUAUGCUUUGAAUGCGCAUAUUAAGCGCCUUGAAAAUCGGAACAAACGGCGAACCCGAAGAAAUCGUAGUGUCCAUGCAUAAUGCAGCAGGAAAGUAGAGCAGGACGACAAAGCGUUGAGCUGUGGCUGGGGUAGAGGGUUAGGAAACCCGAAGUGAUGUAAUCAACUGCUUAUCGUGCUAUCUGGUGGUGGUGGUGGUGGUGUUACUAACACAAACUUUCUCUCCUAUAUGCGUAGUAGAACACUCUUUCUUAUUGCUUAAAACUAACCAACGAAAAGGCAAGAACUCUCGAGUCUUGCCAGUAGUGUGCCAUACCGUGAAGAGUAGUCAACAGUCGAUCGAGUACAAUCGUGCAUUUAAGUCAUACUAAACCUAACCUAACCUCAAAAUGAAACGUGGAGCUCGUGGGCGUAAGGCCGCUGUAAAGGCCAAGGUCGCCAAAACGGCCGAAACCAACAACAACAAGGUGGUGGAAAAGGUCGUCGAGGCAGAGCCGGAACCGGUUCCGAAGGAACCCACCCCCCAACCCGAAGAAACCAACCUUCCGGAUGACGACGAAGAAUCCGCCGGCGAAGACUCAUGCACCUCGUCCUCCCCGGACUCGAAAAAGUCCAAAUCCGACAAGAGCAAGAAGGAACGCAAGCAGUACGUGUGCCAGGUGUGCAACAAGACCUUCAUGGGGGCGAACGAUCUGCGGAAGCAUCUGCGCAUCCACAACGACGAGCGGCCGUACGCGUGUCCGCACUGCGAGAACCGGUUCCGGCAGGCCGGCUGCCUGAAGAACCACAUCGCGUCCCAGCACGGCACGGACACGCUGUUUACGUGCGAUUUGUGCAGCAAGACGUUCCCGAUCAAGGAGCGGCUGCGGUUGCACAUGCGCGUGCACACCGGCGAGAAGCCGUACAAGUGCUCGAUGUGUCCGAAGACGUUCGCGAGGGGCGGGCAGUUAACCCAGCACCUGGCCACCCACAACGGCAUCCGGAAGCACAAGUGCCCGCACUGUCCGUCGGCAUUUUCCUGCGCGGCGAACCUCAAAAUGCACCUCAAGAGUCACCUGGACAUUCGAGAUUACACGUGCCACAUCUGUGGCAAGGGAUUCUACCGGCCGGAUGCGCUCAAAAAGCAUCUCCUCUGUUAUCACGCGAACUUGAAGGCGUUCCACUGUAACAUUUGCAACAAGAUGUUCAAGGGUCAUCUGCCGCAGCACAUGCGAACGCACAAGAUGAUUCGGCCGCACGGGUGUGCGGUGUGUGGGGCGGUGUUUUCGCAGCGAUCGCAGCUCGUGGUGCACCAGAGGAUCCAUACCGGGGAGCGGCCGUAUCGGUGUCAGGUCUGCUGGCAGGCGUUCGCCCACUCGAGCGUCCUCAAGCUGCACAUCCGCAAGCACACGGGCGAAAAGCCGUUCGAGUGUCCGAUUUGCAGCGUUGGCUUUUCGCAGCUGCCCCACCUCAAGAAGCACAUGCUCUCUAUCCACAACCAGGACAAGUCGUACCUCUGCAAGCACUGCAACAUCUUCUUCAAGACGAAGCUGGACCACCAGACGCACAUGGCGAGCUGCUCGCCGGAAACGCAACAGCCGGCGGCCAGCGUCGAGGAGAUUAUCGACCGGAAUGUCAAGGCCGCCAACAGCGGGGUGGAUCCGCCGAUGCCCCUGUCCCACAUGCGCUUCCUGGUGGCCAUCCUGCUGAAGAAGAUCUCCACCGACGAGCGGCUCAAGGAUCUGGGCUUCGACAAGCGGCUCAUCGACAACGUCCUCGUGGAUUCGCUCAAGUGCGCUGGCCGCACCGCGUGCGACGACAAAACGCUCGAGCCGGCCAACCGCCUCAAGAAGAACGUCCAGGAGCUGCUCGAGUGGACCGUGCCGCAAAAGUACAUGGAAGAGUUCAAGAAGGCCAACCGGAGCACCGAGGAGCUCUUGGAGGAUCUGACCAACUAAUUUGCUUUUUUUAACAUUACUAACACUGUCAAUUUUAAAAUUUAGUCGUGAAUUUGAUGCUGAAUUAAUUGUUGGAGGGUGCGAAGUAGCUAAAAUUUCCUCAAAUUCCUCAUCGACUGAGGAUUGUUUUCUAUUACGUAGGUCUAGUUACUAAUCUGGGUGUGUUUGAACUAACAAGCAACCAACUUUGAACGAUUUCAUUUAACUUUCCUUUAUUUCCCGGUGACGGUUUACUCACAUUAUUAUUUUGUUCGGAGCAUUACCAAAGUACCGCCAUUUUGUUGCCAUAAACCAACGCAGGAAACUUGCCAAAAUGUUAUUUAUGUUUGAAUUAUGCAAAUACAAUCAAUGAAUUUAUUUUUAUUUUCUCUAAAAAAUAGUUGGUACAAUGAUUUCGACAGAUACCAAAAACAAAACAAAAAUCGUACAAAAGGCAGCGUUUAUCAAAAAAAAUCUAGUCAAAGGAUUGCCAUUUUUUUGCGGUAGAAUUAAACGAAUUUUAUUAUUUUAUACUAAUUUUAAUCUCAUCCAAAGCCGAGCGACCUAACAGUUGCUCGCAUGUACAUUGAACCAUAUAAAAGUAGCUCGAACCAAAAACAAAACAACGCAAAAUAUCUAUCAUCAACACAAACCAAAAAAAUACGCGAGAGUUGAGAUCGUGUGUCGAUUUCGUCUCGUGUGCCAGUACUAAAUGUAGGUGUUUAGUGUAAGAAAUGCGUGAGAAAGUGUAGUUUAAUUAACCUCCCUAAAUGUCUAAGUGUAACAUAUAAAGCGUAAAAAACGAAAUCGUGUGACGUCGUGGAGCACGUUGGCGCGGACAUCUUUGAAUAAAAGUAGCAGAAAUUGAU